AUCCAUGGAAGAUUCAGAAGAAUUUAUAUUUAUUAAUUAAUUUUUCCUGAGUAAAAAAAAAAAGAGAAAAGAAAACAGCUGGAGAAUUUUGAUUUUUGAGAGUCCCAGGGACAUCCUCUUGCCUGUCACAAAAAAAACCUCUCGCACCCUUUUUUUCUUAUAAUUACAUAUUGGUACAAAUCUGCUGCGGCCGUCUAUGGAUAUUCCGCCUCUCCCCACCGCGACGACGGCGGCAGCGUCUGCGAUGGCUGCGGCGGCGGCGGCAGCGGCAGGACAACCGAUACAGCUUCCACCGGCACCAGCGGCAACGCACGUCAACUACGCUGACUCGGUGGACUCGUCGCCUCGCUCACGCAACGCGGAGUCCUGGGACGAGCCGCCACCCUACGCCGCCGGUACAGGCGGCGGAAAGCUGCGGCUGAUGUGUAGCUACGGCGGACGGAUAGUUCCCCGCCCGCACGACAAGUCUCUCUGCUACGUCGGCGGCGAUACGCGGAUCGUGGUCACCGAUCGGCACUCCUCGCUCUCCGACCUGUCUCUCCGCCUCUCGAAGACGCUCCUGAAUGGGCGCUCCUUCUCGCUCAAGUACCAGCUUCCGAACGAAGAGCUCGAUUCCUUGAUCUCCGUCACCACAGACGAGGACCUAGAGAACAUGAUCGAUGAGUACGACCGCAUCAACUCCAAUUCAAACGGCGGCACGAAGACCUCUCGCCUCCGAUUGUUCUUAUUUCCUUCAAAGUCCGACACGAUUUCCUCAAUUGAGUCCCUGAUUGAGAGCUCGACGAAGUCCGAAGACUGGUUCUUCAGCGCGCUCAAUGGGGCGACUUCUACUUCCACCAAAGUCCUGUCCGAGUCUUCGUCCGUGAAUUGCCUUCUGGGGCUCGACGACGAUGUCGCUAAUGGAAAUUCAACCGGAAAAGAUGCAGACGCUCUCCAGGAUGGGACGAAUAGCAGCAAAAAUGGAGGUGUGAAUCAAUCGAAGGGGAAUUCCCAGGACAUCCACUCAGUUCCAGAUUCGCCUAUGCUAGGGAUGUCAUCCUCUUUUGACUCCACCUCCUCCACCACUCCCCUGGGGAAUUUGCCUCCAAUUAGGGUCCGCGUCGAGGAGAAUCAAAGGGUGGGAGUUGAGGAGCACUUCUCCCAGAUGGCAAUUGGGGUUGUGGCCGGAGGGCAAAAGCAGCAGGAGGAGGGAGGGUUUGCGGCAUUGACUUCACCUCCGGCUCCACCACCUCCCGUGGCGGCUGUUGUUGCAGAGUAUCCAAGUCGGAUUUUCUCUGAUGAUGAGAGAUCUGAGCUCGGUGUCCCUGCCGGUUACCCAAAGCCGCCGCAUUCACAACCACCGCAGCAGCCGCCUCCCCAAUUGCAACCUAAACCAACUGAUUUGCCUUCCCCUGGUUCAGUUUCAAGCGAGGGAAGUGUAGCACAUCCAUUGUCUCGCCCAAAGAAUUACAUUUAUCAAGAGCCAAUUGUGCAUAUUCAGCCAGGGGUUAGAGCUUCUGCCAGUCCAGUUGAUCCGAUGAUCAAUGAUCCAAACUGCAGGACUCAGGUUCUUCAACAGCAGCAACUUCAGGAUUCUGGGUAUGUGUUCCCAAGCCAUAUGGAUCACCAUCCACAAAUGCAUCAACACCAGCAGUACGUUCAUGCCGGACAGUUUGUCCACCAUCUCCCAUCUGGAGCAAUGCCCAUCACAUCUUAUUACCCUUUAUACCCUUCCCAACAGCAACAUCAUCCUGCUAUGGACCAUCCGUAUCCGGUUUACAUUGUGCAGGCUAGACCGCCCACACAAUCAUACAAUAUGCCUGUUCAACAAACUAGUGAACCUUCUUCUGCACCUUCUUCCCUUCCACAAACACCCCCUGCAGCCACAGUCCCCCCCACUACUUCUGAGUAUAACAAUCUCCCUCCCACAUCCAAAACCGAAAUAUCUGCUGGCUCGUAUAGAGCUGUAGUUGCUCCACAAAUGGUCCAACUUCCCCCACACCCACCACAAUAUGCCGCGGGUUACUCUCAGAUUCAUCAUCUCCCAUCCCAGUCUGUUGCCGCACCUACCUCAGCUGCUCCCGGAAACUAUGCUUAUGCAUACGCCGAUCCUACCCACCCGCAGAUAUACUAUACUCAGUCUCCCUUCGCACCCCAAAUGUCUGCGGCUCAAUACCAAACAAUAAAACCUGCCCCUGGUAUACCUCCUGAAACUUCUCAGCUUCCUACAGAAAACAUCAACCAGCACAAUUGAACAGGUUUAAAGAGGCGAUUCGUGGCGUGAAGAAGAAACAGUUUUGCAUCAUUGGGUUUGAUUUUUGAUUUUAUUGUGUUAAAAUGUUUGUUCUACUGUUGGGUUUUCGAAUGCGAUGUGUAUUUGGUCUAAGGUAAUAAUCAACUCUGGUAUUCUUUUGUUUCCUGUAUGUAAUGCUGUUAUUAUUACUGUGAAACCGUGAAAGUAAUAGUGGUCUGGAAUUUAUAUAUGUGAAAUUAGAGUUGCCCAUACAUACCAGGUUCCAUGUUUCAGCUGUGGAUUACAUUAUACAUGUGAUUUAGUUGUUUUUUGAGAUAAAGUUUGGAUAUUUGU